UUUUUAAUAAUAUUAAAAAAGUUAACAAAAUCGUGGAUCGAUCUCAUCCCACCAUUUUCUAUCUCUCUCCUCUGACAUAUAAAAUUAGGGUUUCAUCAAUUUCUCUCUGUUGCCAAAACUCCGGUCAUAUUCUUGCCGUCCGUUUCAGAAACUGACUCGUCUCUUUGUUUCGGAGCUUUUCAUUUUUCAGUUUCCUUUAUUCUGAUCUGAGCUAUAUCGGUUGUUCACUCUGAGCCAUGUCCUGUUCUUAUCUAUGCCUCGAUCCGACCUCCAGAAUUUGUUCCUCACAGGACGGCGUUUUUGGCCAGAGCUACAGCCAUUGUACCUACCCUAGUGAUCACUUUGAUCGUCUUCCCGACUUUCUGCUUCUGCUGAUUUUCAAUAAGAUUGGUGACGUUAAGGCUCUUGGACGUUGUUGUGCAGUGUCACGAAGAUUCCAAUCUAUCGUGUCUCAGGUUGAUAACGUUAUUGUACGAGUUGACUGUGUGAUAUCCGAUGAUGAUUUCUCCUCCGCCUCUUCGUCGUCUGAUAAGUCUCGGAGUGGCUUUUCUAAUCUUUUCCGUAUGGUUCUUGGAGGCAUUGUCAAGCCGCUUCAAGCUCUAGGUCAGUUCUUCGGUCCGAAACGGGUGACAUCCUCUGGGUUGGGUUCCGCUUCGUCUUCUUUGUUGACCUCUUCGCUUUCGGUUGGGAGGGAAAAAGAUGGGGAGAGUGGUCAAAAUGGUGUGACUCAUCACUCGCCCACCCAAGUUCUUAAGAAUUUUAACGAAAUUCGAUUCCUUCGAAUCGAGCUUCCUAGCGGCGAAUUGGGUGUUGACGACGGCAUUUUGUUGAAAUGGCGAGCUGAUUUCGGAUCAACUUUGGAUAAUUGUGUGAUCCUGGGUGCUGCAUCGGUGGUUCACGCUGGGUCUUUUAGUAAGAACAUGCAAGAAAAUGGAACUGAUGGGUUCUGCUCUGGAAAUGGGGCAGCAGCUGAUGACAGCGGGAGCAUACCCGAAUCGUUUUAUACUAAUGGAGGGCUAAAAUUGAGAGUUGUUUGGACGAUUAGCUCACUAAUUGCAGCUUCGGCGAGGCAUUAUUUACUGCAGCCGAUAAUUGCAGAGCAUAAGACUCUGGACAAUUUAGUUCUGACCGACGCAGAUCGACAGGGCAUGUUGUGUAUGAACAAGGAUCAGCUUGAAGAGUUGAGAGUAAAGCCCUUAUCGGCUUCAACUGCCUCUAAGAGAACGCUUGUUCCAGCCCUGAAUAUGAGGCUUUGGUAUGCCCCUCACUUGGAAUUGCCUGGUGGGAUUAUGCUGAAGGGGGCAACUCUUGUUGCGAUACGUCCAAGCGAGCAGUCGAUGACAAAGAAAGAGGUGUCUGAUGGGUCAUGGCUUUCAAAGGCUUUUGAGGAACCUUAUGCAACCGCUGCAAAGAUGCUGGUGAAAAGGAGAACUUACUGUCUUGAGAUGAAUUCUUUCUGAAACUUCAACUGGAUUUGAGAAGAGUGGAAUCCAGAUAAUGGGAAGAUUGAUAGUGAGGGGAGUACAUCUGGUUUCAUGCAUCACCAAAUUGGCAAGUCUGAGGAAGCCUAAUCAAACGGCAGCAGGCUCAGCUAUCCAAGGUUGAUUUUGGAUUUUGAAGAAUGGGCGACUUCUGCUUGAACAAGUGAGAUAAUUGAAACUCUUCUCUACUUAGCCUUUGGUCGAUAAUACUAUUUGCAAAAGUGCAAAAUACAAAUAGAGAUGAUGAUGUAAAAGCCCUUGUUGUAGUGUUUUGUUUCUUAUAUGUGAAUAUAUGAUGUAGUUCAUUCUAUCAAGCAAUUGCAUCCUUAUGAAUUGAUUGCA